CCUGUGACCUACUGUCUAAUUCAGUGAAACCAACAUUUCAGUAUGCUUCGGACAAAAUAGAUAAUAGGCUAUGUAGCUAAUUCGGAUUUCUGCUGUCCUGUCCAGUCUAAAGUUCACAGCAGCAAUGUCCGGAGAGGACAACAGCAAGCAAAUGCAGCAAGAAUGAACCAACAUCCAGCAGCCAAUUUUCAUUGACAACAAUAAGCCCAAAAACCUCUAACGUUAACAGUUCUCACAAGAAUGGACAGUGGAUCACAACAAGCAUUAACUGAAGAAUGGCAAGGUUUAGACGAAAAUCUUGCUCCACAUUUAUUGGUUUGGUGUUGCUCGUAUUCAUAGUAACAGUUGUUUUAAAGUCCUUUACACCAGAAUAUUCUCCAUUUGGAAGACGCUUUGAUCUUGAAUUGUUGCCUAAUUUCAAGGGACCUGGAAAAAAUGACAUUCAAAUGCUUAGUAACAUUGACAGUGUCGUCACUGAAGCAGCACUGACCAAAACGAAUGACACACACUCCGAGAGGGUCAAGAACAUAGAGGCUGCCCUCAGGCAAUUCCCUGCUCCAAACUACAACAUUCAUGCCUUUUACUACACGUGGUAUGGCAACACACAGUUUGAUGGAAAGUACAUUCACUGGGACCACCCUCUUCUGCCACACUGGGAUUCAAAGGUGGCAGCAGGAUACCCAAGAGGGAGACACAGCCCACCAGAUGACAUUGGGGCCAACUUCUAUCCUGCUUUGGGAGCUUAUAGUUCCAGGGACCCCUCUGUUAUUGAAGCUCACAUGAAGCAACUGCGAGCAGCAGCUAUUGGUGUUCUUGCUGUUUCCUGGUAUCCACCUGGCAUGAAGGAUGAAAACGGUGAGCCAACAGAUGACAUUGUGCCUUUGAUACUGGAGUUGGCGCAUACAUAUCAUGUAAAGGUUGCUUUUCACAUUGAACCAUACAAAGGAAGAGAUGAAACAAGUAUGUUUAACAAUGUCAAGUACAUCAUAGAGAAAUAUGGUGAGCACCCUGCAUUCUACAGGCAUAGAACAAACACUGGCAAAUUUCUUCCUCUAUUCUACGUCUACGAUUCCUAUCUACUCAACUCAGAACAGUGGGCAAAACUCCUGAAACACACCGAAAGCAGUAGCAUUAGAGAUACUCCCUAUGAUGGCAUCUUCAUAGCCCUCCUUGUUGAAGAUAAACACAAGAGGGAUAUCGUCACGGCAGGUUUCGACGGAGUCUACACUUACUUUGCCACUAAUGGGUUUUCCUAUGGCUCCACUCACCGCAAUUGGGAGUCCAUUAAAACAUUCUGUGACGACAACAACCUGUUGUUCAUUCCGAGUGUGGGGCCAGGUUAUAUUGACACCAGUAUUAGGCCUUGGAAUUUCCAGAAUACACGCAACCGCAUUAACGGGAAGUACUAUGAAAUGGCCCUGAGUGCAGCCCUAGAAGCAAGUGCUGAUAUUAUAUCUAUAACGUCAUUUAAUGAAUGGCAUGAGGGAACCCAGAUUGAGAUGGCAAUUCCAAAAACAAGCCAGACUAUGUACCUAGACUACUUACCACACAAGCCUGUUGUCUAUUUAGAGAUAACUCGCAAAUGGGCAGCAAUAUUUAGCAAUGAAAGGAAGAGAUGGCCAGAAUGAUCCAAAAAAGUGCCUAACAUUAAAUCUGAUCAGAAAUUGACAUACACAAUAUAGAUUAUAGAAUUUGACAACAAUAGUGCAUGUGACAGAAACCUAUAUUCACUUUUGAUCCUGUGUGGUAACAAUAUGAAAGGGAAGCCUUGUAUUGUGUAUAGAAUUGUGUGGUAACUGUUUACUUAAAUUAUAUUUGGGCAGUUACAGGUAGGGGCUACCCAGAUUAAACCCCUUCCUGGACUAAAAAGCACUUUCAAUGGAGGGUCUGAAUUCUGUGCGACCCACCACAAUGUGACAGUUCCUACUUCAUUGCACUACUGUAUAUACUGUCUGCUUUUUUAUUCGUACCCAUCUACCAAUAGGCGUCCUUCUUUGUGAGGCAUUGGAAAA